CCUCGUAUGGGUAAGAUAGUUGAAAUUCUUUAUGAUCUGAGUAGUAAAGCUAAAGCUAUAAGAAUAGGUUAUGAGUUUUUAAGGCAAAGUAAAUAUGUAGCAUUUGUAUCUACUGAAGCAGUAAUAACUAGAGCAUUAGUAGAAAAAGUAUCUAAAUUAUUUAAACCCGAUAAUUUACCUAUUAAAGCCUGUACAUACUAUAGGGAUAUAGAUGGAAAACAAAGACAAAAAGAUUUUUCCAAUAUUAAUAAUGCCUGGGGCGAACUUGACUGUAUAGCCUAUACAAAUACUGUGGAGGCAAGAAUAUCAUUCAAAGUUACAAGCCACUUCGAUAUAGUUAUAGCUAUUACAAACAUCACUACUCCUGUUCAUAUUAAGGCCCUU